CAGCGUCGCAUGUACACGCUGAACGUCACAACGUCCGGGACUGUAAACUGAUUUUAAAUCCACGCUCCCUCUCUGCGGCGCUAGUUCAUGUGUCAGCGCUAACAGCAGCGUCAUGUGUGGCUUAUUAACCAGAGGAUUAUUAAUCGGACAUCUGCAGCGGCUGUCUGGAGUCAGAGCUCAGUAUUUUUGUAGCGGGGCGUCGCGGCCGGACGGCGCUGCUGCCCCCACCAGCCCUGUAAGCCUGAGCUAUGAUGUGUAUGACGGUAAAGAUGACGGCGUUCCCCUCGUCUUUCUGCACGGCUUAUUCGGGAGCAAAUCAAACUUCCACUCUAUAGCGAAGUCUCUGGUGCAGAGGACAGGCCGAAAGGUGCUGACAGUAGAUGCUCGUAACCAUGGCAAUAGUAUACACAGCCCAAGUUUGACGUAUGAGGCCAUGACUAACGAUCUGAAGCACCUGCUUAACCAGCUGCACAUUGGAAAGUGUAUUCUCAUCGGGCACAGCAUGGGGGGCAAAACUGCGAUGGCUACAGCUUUGUCACAGCCCAGUUUGGUAGAGCGGCUCGUCGUAGUAGACAUCAGUCCCGUUCCAACAUCAGCUCGUACCUUUAUGAAAGGAUACAUUGAUGCUAUGAAGGAGGUGAAGAUACCAAGCAACAUUCCACGCUCGACUGCACGCAGGGUGGCUGAAGAUCAGCUCCGAAAGCAUGUCAAAGAGCGCUCAGUCCGGCAUUUCCUCCUUACUAAUCUGGUAGAGCAAAAUGGACACUAUGCCUGGAGAAUCAAUUUGGAGGCCAUCUCGAAUCACCUGACAGACCUCAUGGGUUUCCCAAAGUUUAACACCACCUACGACGGCCCCACCCUCUUCCUGGGCGGAAGUAGUUCCGAAUACGUCAGCUCUGAAGAUUACGAUGAAAUCCAGCGUCUCUUUCCAUGUGCAGAUAUCCAGUACAUCCCUGAUGCCAGUCACUGGAUUCAUGCUGACAAACCUCUGGAGUUCAUCAGUUCCAUUAUCACAUUUGUGCAGUCCUAGUCCUCUGACUGACUCACUGCCUAGGUCAACCUUUAUAUUUUUUCUUUUUUGAUUUUAAAAAAUGUAUUUGUCCAUGUCUGUCUAAAACACACGCAGUACUGUGCAAAAGUAUGAAGUGCUCUACAGAAAUAUUGUAAUAUAAUGAGGAUAUAUACUAUUAAAUAUAUAAUUGGAAUAUAAUAUACACGUUCCACUCUAGAAACUCGUUAUAUCAUGAUCUAUAAUGUACCCACCUUUAUUCCCACUGUAUCUAACAAGAUCUUUACAGAAAGCUUAGACGAGUUUAGAAAGAAUUGUUUUUAAAGUAGAUGUUGGUAGUAGCAUAGGAUGGGUUUUAAUAUGCUGCCAUGCAAACGAGUUCUAUACAUUAAUAUUGCAAAAAAAUAUAAAAAUUCUCUGUUACAUGGAUUUUUUUAUUUUAAGUUGAGUCACCAUGUAAGACUAAAUCUGGUCAUUAAAAUGUCCGCAUAAGGCAAAAUUUCACUAAAUGUAAUCCAUGACUAUUGCACAGUACCGUAAUCACUCAAUCACACUGACAAAACAGUUUUUUUUCUCACAAAUACUUUUCAGAUUACAUUUUAGGACACAUUAUAUUGCUCAUUCUGGCAAACAAUGCAGUGUAUCAGACUAAUGUAAUCCUUAUGAACUAGAAUGUAAAUGACCUGCCCUUUAUUAAGAAGGUUGGGUACAAGUCAUGAACACUUGCCUGUCAUCGUUAUACCCAAAGAUGCCUAUGCAAUCAUGGUCUGGCUUUUUGGCACUGUUUUUAAGCACUGAGACCCCACUACUGCAGCACACAUCUAGACAUUGUGUUCUGUAGGUAUUAUUUUGGGAGCACGUUGGGAGCAGUUUUAAAUCUUUUUUUUUUUUCAUGAGAAUGGAAUAAUGUUUUAUGUUUAGAUGAUUGCUUAGAGCAUUCCACAAUUUUCGAUUUACUAAAACCAAGAAAUGUUUGGUGUUUGACAUGUGAUUCGUUAGAUUAGAUAGUAAAUACUGUAUGUCUUACAGACUCCAGAGUAGCACCAUGCAUAUUAAUAUCAGGCAAUGUUUCUACGUGGAAGCAGUGACAUAACCGAGCAAAAAAAAAAUGCAGUACAAACUCAUAACACAUCACUUCACGAUUAACCAAGGCGACAGUAAUUGAAGAAGCUAGUUAGACAAAACCAGAAUUUUUUAUUUGCAGUGUGCCAAAUUGUUUGAUGACAGUUUGGUAACUUUUUUUUUACACUAAUUUUUACACAUAUUCAUUCACUGAACUUUGAUGCAUUGUCUUACUGUACAUUAGCUACCACUUACUAGCCUAGUCAUGUAGGUUUCCAAGUAACUCCAACAGUUGUCUGGGCAGCACACUGGAGCUUUUACUCACCUAGUGGUCCAGCUAAGAAAAUUCUCAUUUGUCCACUCAUCUAAUCCUGACUCCAUCUUCCUGUCUUCUUUCAUUUUAUAGAAAAAGAUCAUUAAACUAGGGAAAAGUUUUGUUUAAACUGAUCUUUUAACCCAACGUACAAUACAGAAUUAAAAGUCUUUACGGUUUAAGAGCUAUGCUGUCAGGUUUUAUAAUCUGAAAAGUUUUCUCCAUCAGGUUGAAUAGCACUGUGUCGUAAUGUGGCUACCUGUAAGCUGUCGUGCUCGUGUGUCUGUGACUAAAAUGUAUUUUAUAUUACUAUAUUGAACAUAUUCAUGAAUUAAUACUACUGAAGAUUCAGAUGAAAGUAUUUAUAUUUUAUGGCUGUUAGUUGUUUGUAUUCCUCCAGUCUACAUGUAUAUGUUUGGAAAAGGUAUUUUAGGAGUAUAAAACAUGCUGCAGAACUAAACACCAAAAGUCUGUGGUGUGUUUUAACAGAUUUAUGUUUACAUACAAAAUGUAAUAACUGUGAACAUGGUUCCUGACUUAUGGCUCAUCCUGUAGUAAAUACGUAUACUGGCAGUUGUGUGUGGUGGAUGGACUGUAUUGCAAGUGUGUGAAUUCACUAUGUAUUUUCUCUGAAUAUCUUUAAUAAAAAGUAAUAUAUGACUAUCA